AUGGAGUUGAUUCGUACUUUUAAUUGCGAUUUAGUUUGGAGGUUGUAUAUUUCUUUAUUAGCCGACGACGCCGUUUUUAUUACUUUGGAUGGGGUUAAUGAAGUUGGAUUAGCUCGAUUAAUUCGUAUAUUAAGUUCGGCGAAAAGGUCUAUUGCGGUUUUCUAUUUCUAUUUGGUAUUGUUGAUACAAAUUAUAAUUAAUAUAUUGGAAUCGUUUAAGGAGCUAGGGUUAUUAGGGAUUUGGGCCGGGUCUUAUUGUUUUGGAGGGCGAAGUAUUAUUGGGUAUAAGAGAAGAAGAAAGGAAGGUGUUCGUGGAGGAUUGGCUAUAUGGGCGAGGGCCUUGGUAGAAAACUGA